AUGAUGAGGCCCCAACCCCGGUCACUGGGCGGCAGGCGGUUCCUCAUUGGCCAGCGGCGCUGCCAAUCAAGCAAUGGGCGCCGCUGACAGGCGGGGCCUGAACGGGGGCGGGGCCAACGCAGCUCGCUGUGAACCGCCGGAAAGGCCCCGCCCCUCGGGUCGCCUGGCAACGAGAGGCACCGGCGGCGGGAUCGGGAUCGGGAUCGGAAUCGGGAUCGGGAUCGGGAUCGGGAUCGGGAUCGGGAUCAGGACCGGGAACGAGAGCGGGACCGGCAUCAGAACUAACUGCGCUGCCGGGGCUGUCAUGCCCCAGUAACCGACUCCAUAGACACCCCGUCCCACCCCCGGGAUGCUCCGGGGCCGCUUAUCCCACAGGUCCCUCGGAUCGUCCCACCCCGGCCCCCCGAGCCGCCCGCCCCUCACGCGGGGAUCCUCCCCACGGGCAAUCACCCYCCCGGCCUCUCACUGACCCCCAGUCCCUGGGUCCUACUGCUGUCCCAAACCCACACGGAGGGGACACUUCAUUCCCUGUCCGCGCUCCCCCCUCCAGCUGCCCCCUGUCUCCUCCCUGCCUCCUCCCUGCUUCCUCCUCUUGCCCCCGUCCCUGCCAGCCCUGCCAGAUCCCCUCUCCCUCUCGCAUCCCAUCCCUCUGGCAGUGCCAGGCUUGGAAGGGUAGUGGUUUCCCAUAGAAGUUUUUCACUGGGAACCCUGCCCUUCCCACCGAGGUGGCCCCAGGAUCCUUCAAGCCCCUCUCCACACCCUUCUGGGGACUGCAGAGCUGCAGUUUGUGCUGCUCCACCUCAGCUCUUCUCUACUCAGAAGUUGUUGGGAGCUUUUUCCCUACCACCCUUCAAAGCCAAGAAUCCAUCGCCCCCUUCCCACAGGUGUCUGACAACCGUUUUGGGUCAGAGAAGCUCUAAUCCAUGACCCUAUGUUCUGAUCCCCAUGUUCUGAUCCCACGCUCAGACCCAGAGACAACUCCAGUGUAGUCUGGAAUGCUCAUAUUUUCCCAAAUUACAUUGUUUCUCUAAUGCUGUCACCGUGUUUUCGUUUUGGAGAGAAAAUACAAGCAGGGAAAUUAGGAGACAGCAGCAGCACAGGGACUUUGAUUUUCUUCUGGACCCUCAUCUUGUGAAGAGCUGCUGUGUCUUUUCUARACCUCAAACUACUCAGCCCACAGGUGUUUAACUGAAUCCAUCGCAAGAGGGGAUCCAGCUGCAUUCCAAGAAUCCUUGUGAAGUAAAGAGCUGYGAUGAAGAGCAUGGCAACUCCAGGGAAGGCAGGGGUCCCAUUAGGUAUCAUGAAGUGGUUAGAUCCAUGCCAGUUAAAGCCUGACUGCACAGAGACAGAAAGAAUCCUAACUGUCCUGGAUGAGACCAUCGCCAAGUUGGAGAUCACCAGGUUGAUCCCACGGGUUAUUCACUCCCUGGAGAGGUUUUCAAGGAUGCUGGGACCUGAAAUCACGAGAAGCCUUGUGGAGCAUCAAAAGCUCUCAAUGGAAAUCCAGCACUUGCUCACCAGCCCGGGGGAUGAGGAGAGCAGGAAAGCUGUGGAACAACACCUGAAAUGUUCCAUGAGAAACAUUCUGAGGCUCAUCCUGGCCAACCCUUUGCUUUACCAUGGACUGAAAUAUGAAGUUUGGGUGAGACAGUCAGCAGCUGAUGUGUUUAUCAAAGCGUUUAUGGAGUUCCGGGAUCUCACGCUUGAGAGGCUUCUGACCAGUCCUGAUGAAGAGAAGCAAAAGGUUCAAUUCAUGAAAGAGACGACCCUCCAGCUUAAUAAAAACAUGGGAACGAUCUCAGCUCUACAGGCAGAGCUGACAGAAGCCAUCCAGACUCGAGAUGAAGAGGUUAACAAGAAGGACAAAAUUAUUGAAAACCUCAAAAUCAGCAUGGAAAAUCUGUCCAAGGAAUGCGAGGCUGAAAUCCAGCAGAUCAUGAAGGAGGGGGAAAAGCAGAGAAAACUGGAUGAGGAAGCCUCCCAGAUCAGGUGUGCCAAGCUGGAGGAGGAUGUCCUGCGCCUCAGAGCAAAGCUCAAAGCAGUGGUGCUGGAGCAUCGAGCCUCAGAGCUGGUUCUCAGGAAGGAGAAGUGCAACACGGAGAGUGAMAUUGAGAAAUGGGUCCAGAAAUAUGACAAAGACAUGGCAGAAAGACAGGCCACUUACGACGAGAUUGAGGCUGAGUACAACGAGGAGAAGGCCCAGCUGGCCCUGCUGAUGGAGAAACAYGCUACACUGAUCCAGGAGUACGACUCAAUCCUGGAGGAGCGCAGGAUACUGAAGGAGAGGGCGGAGGAGGCUGAGCGGAUUUUGGCCAACAGGAACCGUGCAGCUGCCUGCAUCCAGGCCUACUGGAAAGGCUACUUGGUACGCUCCACCUACAAGGCAGAGCUGAAGAAGGCCAGGGCCAAGGCCAGGGCCAAGGGCAGGGGCAAGAAAUAAAGCCCCAAAUCCCUUUUCUCUCCCUGGCAAAGCUGCUGGGUCCAAGCUCUUCCAGAUAAAAGCAUUAAAUUGUUAAGGUUGGAAAAGAUGCUUAAGGUCAUCAAGUCAAGCYGGUACCAACCUGUUCACCACCAACCCAUGUCCUCAARUACYGCAUCCACAUGUUUUAUGAACACUUCCAGGGAUGGUGACUCCAUCACUUCCCUUGGCAGUCUGUCCCACGUGAAAGUUUUCUUAAUAUGUAAUAUAAACCUCCUC